GAUAUCAACUCCUUGAAUACCUCUUCACUGCCUUCCCAGCGAAAAGACUCGCCAUGGCGAUCACCGUCGGGAAGCAGCACUCCAUCCACAGCGGGUCCUCCUGUUCGCUCAGUCCGGGGCGAAACCCCAGCGCCGAUGGCGCUGAGGGUGUGGUGCCGCACGAGCGGGGUCAGUGGAGUAUCAUGGCAGUCCACUCCAAGCAGAGCUUGUUGAGGUCCUCGGAGAGCUCGAGCUGCUCCGAGCCCAAGGCACUUCGGACCAUGUCAAAUCCCAUGUCAAAGAGUGCCAGCGAAGAUGAGCAAGAACAGCAUGCCAAGGUGGCUGCCUAUGUCUCCCGCAUGGAGAUCGUCAAGCCUGAAGUGCUCCGGGUCACGCGCGCGCACCAGGCCUUCCAGGGCUUCGCACGUGCGCUGCGACCGAGCCCCGGAGGUGACCUGUACAAGAAGAGCCAGAUGAGCACCGAAGUGUCCAGCUUUUGGUCUCAUUCUUGGCACGGUGGGCACUGGACGAAGAUUUUUUCCCUUCUCAUGCACUACAAUGGGCUGCCUUCGGUCCUUCUUGGCCUCUUGGCCGCUGUUGUCAUGGCUAUUCUUUUUGGCUUUGGCCUUCUGCCGGGCAUCGUACGCUUUUGGAGUCCUGAAGACAUGCAGUGGUCGACCUGGUCCAGCUGCUUCGGCUUUCUGGUCUCCGUGCUGAGUUUUUUCCUCUGGCGCUCUCAGCAGCGGGUCUUCCUGGACCGGAUUUGCAUCAAUGAGCACGACGAGGACCUGAAGUCUGCAAGUAUCUUCAGCUUGGCUGGAAUCCUGAAAAGAUCCAAGGAGAUGUUGGUGCUUUGGGACUCCACGUGGAGCGAUCGCCUGUGGUGUGUCUUCGAGCUCAGCGCUUUCUUAAGGGCCAAGCAGUGCCCGGAGGCCAGCCAGCAAGUCUUGCUCAUCACGCCGACCUUCCUUGGGCCAUGUUCUGUCGCUCUUUUUGUGGGUGCUUUCAUGGUCUGCCUACCGAUCACCACCGUCUCAACGACCUGGAUAUCCAAAAAAGUGAUCACAAAGGCAGGUUUCUCAAGUUUGCACUUGUCGGUGACACUUCCCAUCGGCGCAGCGAUCCUCUUGGUGAUCACCGGCGGCUACGUUUUAAUGAUAGCCUUCCGCAGCUAUUUCCGCUCGGUGGAAGAAUUGAAGGAGAAGUUGCAGAAAGUCAGUUGUCGCACCGCCAGGUGUUCAUGCUGCGACUCAGGGCACGACAUCGGUGGCGUAAAUGUGCUGUGCGACCGAAAGAUCGUGCAGGAAUGUGUGACGAUUUGGUUUGGCAGUCAAAAAGACUUUGAACAUUGCGCGCGAACAGAGGUCCUGGAGGUGCUGACACGUGGAUUAGAAGAACAGCUCCUGACCAGAGGCUGGAGUUUGUCGGUGACGAUGCCAGUCUUGUGGGCCUUCCUGGACUUGGCCGCCUCUUUUGCGGCCUUCGACUUCAAGAAUCAGGCGCUGGAGUUUGCCAUUGAGGGCUUUGUGCUUUGGUUCCUGGUGGCGCCCAUCUUCAUCGACUUCUGUAUUUUCCUGGCCUCCAGGUACUGCCACAGGGCCUCCACCAGCUUUUGGGACUCCUUGAAGACGUUGGGCCUUUUGUUUCUCGCCAUGGCCACCUUUGCUACCUUCGCAGGUAGCUUCUUGCUUGCCCGACUGAUCAUCAAGCCGGGGGGAGUCCUGGCAUCGAUUUUCUGCGACUUUCCGGGUGGCUGCGGCCAUCGCCGAAGCUAAGAGCCUCCAACCUAACAGCGGCCUCCAACCUAAUGACAGAUUUCGUCACCAGUUUCCCAUACAACUUCAAAAGUAGGGAAACUAGACCGCCAGCCCUCCUUUUCCGGAGCAGACCUGCCCAGCUGCUCCACUGGUGCAAAGUGCAAAACGUUGGGAGUCAAGCUGUGAAGCUUUGGUACGGUCUGGAUGACCCUGGAUGACGGGAAGAUUGCUUUCCAAAUCGCCGCAGGGGUCCUGUGGCAACCUGCCCAUCAGGAGAUGUCCUGGUUCGUGCUGGACUCUUUGCAAGCUUCUGGGGCGUUGUGGCGCUCUGCCAUUUUCUCUACAGAUCCAAAGGACAAGGUUUCACGAAAUGCCCGCUCUCAUGGUGGAGUUGAAGCUGGCUGCAGCUGAACUGACAUGCGAAGGAA